AUGUCCCUCACGUUCCCCUCGCUGCAGCCCGCAGAUCCCGGGGGGCCUUCCUCAGCACCGCCUUCGGAGGACCUUGACUCCCAGCCGCCCGCUAGCAAACGGCCUCGUGUGGAGGAACCGGGCGGGGUCUCCGAGGCGGGGUGGCGUCUGCCUUUGGUGCGUUUGUCUGAGGUAGAAAAAGCCUGGGACUGGACGCCCAGACCCUUCAAGGAGUUCCUGAUCUCGACGGACGCCAGUUUUGCGAACUCCACAGCCCCGGGUGUGGGGAAAUCAGUCAGUGGGAAACGGAUAUGGGGGCUGGGCGGCCAGACCAGCCAGCUUCAGAAGAAAAGCCGGCAGAGUGUCCCCUCACAAAGCUCCGGCCCGGGCUCGAGGCCUGCAGCCGGGGCUGGGGUCCCGCUCCUGCGGGCCGGAGGGGUUUUCGGGGAGCACCGCAGUGACGGGGCGGGAGCAGCAACCAGGCAGCCCGGGCCCUCCAUGGCCCGCCUGCACCGGGCCCCACGCGAGCGCGGGAAACCACGUCCAGUCCGCGGACGGGACGCUCGUUACCCAAGGCAGGCAGGAAAUCCAUUCUUAGAUGUGACCUUCUACAAGGAAACCGAGUCAGUAUUUCAUGAAGUUAAGAACAGACGUAGAGUUGACAGCGCCGUGCCACCAAAUAGACGAGAAGAUAGUGUUUCAUCAUCUAGCCUAAAAAUAACAAAAUCUCAAAAUCAGCCCAGCUUGGCAAUUGCCAAACCCAGCUAUUUUAGAGAUAGCAUCACAAUAAGGAUCCUUGAGUUUCCAAAGGAUUUAAAUAGCAACGUGUCCUUUGUCUAUUUAAAGGAAAUAGCAAAGAAAAAGAAUGACAAAUUUGAGGCAUAUGUUAGGGAUCUCACAAACAUUUAUUGGUCCCAAAAUAGACCUGAUGUUAAGAAGCAAAAGUUACAGGGUGAUAGAAAAAUAGGAGCUGCGGAAAAUAUUUUUCCUGACUAUGAUGAAAAUAACCACCUGUCACUCAGCAACCAGAACACUUUUGAGAGGAAUAAAGGUUUGAUCAGUUUAAGAUACUAUCAUUACAAUAGUAUGGGGUGUGAUAUAAAAGACUCUAAAAAGAAUUUCACUACUCCAUUGGAAAAUACAGGCCUGGACAGUGGCAUGCCUAUCGGGUGGGAAAAAUCUCAAAGCUGGGACUGUAAGAUUAGACAUUUUUUGAAAAAGAAUAGGCAAAAUUGUUGGACUAUCAAAAGUUACAAGACUAACUAUAAAAAUAUGACAAAGAUCAGAGAAAGAUUGAGUUUGCCACAAUUACUAGAAACAGCCCUUUUAAGCAAGGAAGAUGACCAUAAUACAAAGCAGAAUAUGCAUGAACAACAAUCAAAGCCUCUGAUGCUAGAAACCCUGAGUCGCCAAAACAAUUUAAUGGAAAUUGUUUGGCUAAAUAGUAAAGGAGAAAAUUAUAGUACGAUACAGUUGACUUACUAUACUACACAAAAAGACUUCCACUUAAGCAACAUUUUUCAAAGUUUCAUUACAGAAAUUUUUUAUUUCCAUACAAGUUUUUCAGGAAAUCAAAAAGAUAACAGUAUUUUAAUCUGGCAUAAAGUUUUCAAGUGUGUAAAGCAAACUGAUGUGCAAAAUCUAAUAACCAGGAAUAUGAAUGCCAGUGUAAAGAUCCACAUUUCAAGCAAAUAUGUACAAACUAGUGCCUCAGAAUAUUUAAAUACCAUUCUGAAAAGCAAUAUACCUUCUUUGCUAAAUAACUUUGAUUCUUUAAUAAGAAUUGAAAAUGUUUCUCAAUUAGAAGAAGGAUGCAUUUUCAAAUGGGCAGUGCAUUUGAAUUAUCAAAAAAAUAUAGUAGUGAAGAAACAUACUGUAUAUCUAAAAAGGAUCUUAACCUUUUCAAGACUACUAGAAGAUAAUAGGCCACCUAUGUUAAAGAAAAGAAAGCUAUUUGAAACUGAGCAAGUUCUUGAAGGGUCUAAGAAACGAAACAUUGAUUCCUUUAGUAAGAAUACACAUUUUCCAAUUUUUGAAACAUAUAAAAAGUUUCCUCCUUUAAAGGAUUUUGAUAACAUCAAAGAAAUUAGUUUGAUAAAGGAAUCUGGUUAUGAAAAUACAAAUUUCCCUGGACAAGUCAUAAAUGUGGAAAAUUGGGCUCACUAUAGUUUCAAUACUGUUAAAACACAUGUGAGAUCUGGACAUCAAUUUACAAAAAAUAAUCAUAAAUAUGUUAAUGAAAAAUUCUAUGAUAUAAAUAUGCACAACCAAGAUUCAGAUACUGAAAGAAAACAGGAACACAAUAUAAUCAGCUAUCCUAAUAUUCAGUGCAUAUUUGAAGAUUUUUUUAAUAUUAAGCAACAGGCCAUACCCGCAAGCCGAAACUCAAUGUAUAGGGAACAGAUCAAUGCCAUGGUUAUAUCUCAGAUCCUAAGUUUUGAGCUCUUGCUCAAAAAGAUAGAAGGGAAGAAAAAGUUUAUUUUGAAGGAAGAAGUGAAAGCCACAGCACAAAGUUUAACAAAUACUUCCCAAGUUCAUAAAGACAUUAAAAUAAAAAAGGAAGAGAAAGAUAGUUUUUUUACAGUGAAUGACAUGUGUUCUGUGCAGUCAAUUUCAUUAAUGAGUAAGAAAGUAAAUGUGGAAGAAACUAAAUCUGUUAGUCAAAAUAACAGAGCCGACAGAAAUGAAUAUGAAAGUAUUUUACAAGAAAGUGAGUUAGCUAAUUCAAAGCCUUUUCAUCCAAAGAAUGACUCUACAUUAUACGUUAAUCAUCAAUUUGAAACUGAUUCAAGUAAAGGAAACAAUGAAUGUUUUCAGGACUUAACUGCUAAAUGUUUAUCAACAGAAGCUCUGACAAUAGCAAAAGAUUUGGAGAUGAAGAGUAAAUUUGAUUUAGUACUUGAAGAACUCCAUAUGUUUCAUAAAAUUAGUAAGGAAAAUGAAAUUCCAAGCACUGUGGAAACAAACAAUGGACAAGAAAAUUACUUUGGGGAAAGUAAUGAUAUUGAAGAGGCAAAAAUGGAGAUAGAAAAAGAUUCAAAAAUGGUCACAGCCAACAGAAUAUGCACAUCUUCUUUGCCCUGUGAUAAGAUAGCAGGUCCUAAAAUGCAUAAAACACACCAAAGUUUAUUUAAAUGGAAAACAGUACCUGAUACUGGAGAAGUUUCCAAUAAAUAUUGCUGUCUCAGAAAAUCAGAGAAAGAAUUACUCUAUUCCCCUUCUGAGGAAGAUUGUAAAAACCCUUUACCUAAAAGGCCUGCUCUUUUUCCUGAUGAAUGUAAGGAAGAAAAAUUUAAUUAUUUAUUGAAGGGAGGUGGUCAGUUUUCACAUGGCAUUUCAAGAGUACAACCUCUUAAGACAUGCAACCGACCAAUCAGGAUUGGCUUGUCAAGAAAAGCUAGACUGAAACAUCUUCAUCCCUACUUGAAAUAA